GAUGCUACUCUUGUGACAUUAGCUUUCCUAAAGUAAAAAAAAAAUCAGAACCAUGUUUGGUGAUAAACGUACAUCUAUGUAUAUAUACGUACACAGAUAUCUUUAUUUUGCUAAAAGGCUUUGUACCUUUAAGUUUACUUGCAGGCCACGUGUUUUUAUAAACCAUGGAUGUUGCUUAGAUGAAAUGUUAAGAUGUAUACACUGUGUUCACUGAAUAUAGACUCAGAAGAUGUAGGUUUGAAUCCUGACUGCUACUUUGUGGGUUUUGAAUCCUGACUGCUACUUUUGUUAAAGGGGAUCCUUUACCCUUAGUUUCCUAAUCUGCAAGAUAGGUAUACUACUUACCCCUUGGCGAUAGUGAACUCCUGUAUGCAAACAGUCCAAGUGGGUGGCCACUCACUGAAGGAUAACUAGUUUUAUCUAUAAUAUUCUGCCAUCCAAAGAGAUGCAAAACUAAUAUCUAAGGCUGGUCUCUUCUCUGAACCUAAAAACAAGGGUGUCACCCUGGAGCCAUGCAUUCUGAUAAUGUGUAGGUCAAGGCUCCAGACUUAGUAAAAGCACCUUUGUCAGAGAUCAAGAGGAAUAACAAUGCCAAGUUUUUAAAGAAGCUGAACAAAAUUCUCAGUCCAUUCAUGAUCUUUCUGCAGAGGCACGUUUUCUGAGGAUAGAAAGUGCCAUUUUAUCCUGUUUCUUGGUUUUUGGAUCAUCUGUUACAUAAAUCAUGGAUCUUGAUGGCUCUGAACAAGAUCCUGAAGUGAAGGAAUAUUCUCCUGUCUGUGUUGGCAGAGAAGAUGACAUUAAAAAAUCUAAAAGAAUGACAGCUGUUGUCCAUGAUAGAGAAGUGGUCAUUUUCUACCACAAAGGAGAAUAUCAUGCGAUGGAUAUUCGCUGUUACCACUCAGGAGGGCCUUUACAUUUGGGAGAAAUAGAGGAGUUUGACGGACGACCAUGCAUAGUUUGCCCCUGGCAUAAAUACAAAAUUACUUUGGCAACAGGAGAAGGACUAUACCAGUCUAUAAACCCUAGAGAUCCAUCAGCAAAACCUGAGUGGUGUUCCAAAGGAGUAAAGCAAAGGAUUCAUACAGUGACAGUGGACAAUGGGAACAUUUACGUGACUCUUUCUAAAGAACCUUUUAAGUGUGACUCUGAUUUUUAUGCCACUGGAGACUUCAAAGUAAUUCAGAGUUCUUUCUGAUAAAAUUAUAUGGCAAUGAAAAA